AUUUGGGGCGCAGAACCAAAUCAGUUAAUUGACUGCACGGAAAUGACUUCUGACCUCCGACCUGAGGUCGCAUUCGGUUUCCGUUCUAGUAGCGUGCUUAGUGCAGUCACUCUAGCAAAUCCUCGAAAAAAUCCUUCAAAAAUUCUCGUUCAAAUCCGACAAUUUUUCGGAAGAUAUGGCUCCCAAACGUUCGAAGAAGUGUCCAGGAUGCCACUUGGACGUCGCCCUGCACAAAUCGGGCGUUGCUGGCAAGGAUUGCACGGGGAUUCUGGAAGACAACGGCGCUGUGGGUCAAGGCAUGCAAGGCGCCAUGGCCGAGCUACAACAGCGCAAGGCAGAGCUUACCCAGCGCCUAGAGUUGAAGAAGCUUCAGCGGGAAGUGGAUGCGCUAGAGAAAGAAUUGGCCACAGACACCACUACAACCUCGCCACUUCCUCCGGCCAAGGACGGGAGCAAGACGGACGAAACUCAAGACGACGAACGCAAGCAUGUGGAUUUCGGGCAUGCAGACAUUACGUUAGCCCAGCUCCGCGAAGAUGCCGCGCUUCAGAGCCUCGUAUCCACAAAGUAUGGGGAUCUUGUCGGCGCGGGCAAGAAGCCAGAGAAAGGUAAGGCAAUCCUAUCUCCCGAGUCUUUCGUCCAUAGUUUUCAUUCAGCGGAAACGAAGAAGUAUGACGAGCUCGAGAUGGAAGAAUUCCUGGCUGGCUGUAUGGGUUUAUUGCGCAAUCCCGGCCUACCCUCCUAUGAACUGAUGGGGCGCAUAGCACUGUUGGAAUAUACGUGUAACAAACUGGCUAGGUAUGACUGGACCGUGGUUCGGUCUUUUCAUGCGGCGGCGGUCAAGCAAGCGCUCCGGAAGCCAGGCUCAUGGUCGGAUGACUGGGUAGCCCUGAAGGAGAUUUACUUUGAUGCCGAUCCGCUCAAGAUCAAGCCUGCCGGGUCCGCCGCGAGUCGACAGCCCAAGAAAUCCAAUCCUCCACGCAUCUGCUAUCGGUUCUCUAGGAACGAGUGUGCCGCUGAUACGUGUCGUUUUGACCACCUUUGUGAUUACUGCUGGAAAAAGACCUCGCAGAGGUUCAAACACUCAGCCGCUGACUGCCACAGGAAGCAAGCCGAAGAGAAACGUGCUUCAUCUACCGAUAACGGGGCCAACGUCAAGUCGUCUUCCGCAUGA